GGUACCUCAGUCGAGCACCGGCCUCUCACCGCUAAGCGCUUUAGACCACGACCUCGUGUACACUCUCAUUCUUUCUUUCUCCGUACUUUUAUUUUACCGCCUUUGACAAGUAAGGCAUUCCCAAAGGCGACUCGCGAACAUUAUCGUGGAUAAGGUUUCGUCGACAACGAGACAGACUCAUUUGAUGCCGCUGCAAGUGUAAAAAGCAAGAUGUGCAAACUGUAGGAGAGAAGAGAAGGGAGCUGACGCGCCACAGCCGUGAUAUGAGAGAGUAGCUGCAAAAAAUGAUGAGGAGGAGAGGCGUGUGGAAACAAGGAAAGUCCGAGCGCGAAGGAGCUCUGCUGCUGCUCCUAUUGGCAUUGGCUCCUGUUAUCUGCUCGGCUGGAAUUCUAGACCCGUGGCAAUGGGCGCGCAGCGACAGAAUAGAAGUCAAUAUACCUUGGCUGCCCUUCGAGAACGAGACGCGCUGUUACGACGAUUUGGGCUGCCUCAACAUCACCAGGAGCUGGUAUCACCUGAUUCAUCGACCGCUCAAUGUAUUCCCACUGCCGCGGGAGGUCAUCAACACGCGAUUUAUACUCUAUACCAAUGAUAAUCCCACCGAAGGCCAAGUUUUAAUCGUAGGAAAGGACAAAUCCAUCAAGCGUUCAAACUUCAGUCCAAAGCGGAAAACUAAAUUUAUAAUCCACGGCUUCAUAGACACUCCGCUUAGCAAUUGGGUGAAGGAAAUGAGAAACGAACUGCUGAUCCACGGCGACUACAACGUGAUAAUCGUAGACUGGGCUGGAGGCAGUUUGCCCCUUUACACGCAAGCGACCGCCAACACAAGGCUGGUCGGCCUGGAAAUCGCUCAUCUCAUCAAGCACCUGCAGAACAAUUACGGACUGGACCCAAGCGAGGUGCACUUAAUCGGCCACAGCUUGGGCGCGCACACAGCCGGGUACGCCGGCGAGAAGCUGAACGGUAACAUCGGUCGUAUCACUGGCCUCGACCCAGCCGAACCCUACUUCCAAGGCAUGCCAGCGCACCUUCGACUCGACUACACCGACGCUCAGCUCGUCGACGUGAUCCACACCGACGGCAAGAGCAUUUUCUUUCUAGGUCUCCCGGGCUACGGCAUGAGUCAGCCGUGCGGCCACUUGGACUUCUACCCCAACAACGGCAAAGAGCAGCCAGGCUGCACGGACCUCAGCGAAACCACGCCCUCGCUGCCGCUCACCCUGAUACGCGAGGGCCUCGAGGAAGCCUCGCGCGUCCUCGUCGCCUGCAACCACGUGCGCGCCAUCAAGCUCUUCAUCGAGAGCAUCAACAGCAAGUGCCAGUACGUGGCGCACGAGUGCGGCAGCUACGCGAGCUUCCUGCGCGGCGAGUGCUUCUCGUGCAAGAGCAACAACAGCCUCAGCUGCGGCGUCAUGGGCUACCACGCGGACAGCAGCCCGGCCCUGGUCAGGAGGCAGCAGAUGGGCAUGGACGUCUCGGAUUUGCUGGGCUCCAAGUUUUUCUUCUCCACCGGCAAGGACGACCCCUACUGCAGACGACACUACAGGAUAACGAUCAACUUGGCAAGGCCGCCCACGGCCGAGAGCUGGGUGCAGGGCUACAUGAAGGUCACGCUUCACGCUGAGAACGGCGUCAUACGCAACAUGGACUUGACCCCGAGCGGCUACAUGAAGCUCGAGCACGGCACGACCACGCGCAUGGUGGUGGCACAUCCCGGGGGUGCGACCGGCGAGAUCGGCAAGAUACGCCGAGUCGAGCUCUCCUGGGCCUACGACAUGGACGUGCUGCAGCCGCGGUCGCUGUGCUUCUUCUGGUGCAACGACCGGCUCUACGUCAACAGUGUCGUUGUCGACAUGAUGGAGCUGCCAGGUAGAGGGAAACGCGAGACGGAUUUUUCGAGCAAGCUGUGCUCGGCAAGUAGGCAGGAGUACGCGGAAAUUGCGAGCGGAUCGACGGCCUCGUUCGUCGACAAUUGCUGAUGCUCAAUCUCAACCCUAAGAAAUGGACUGUCACGGUUAUUCCUUCCUAUAAGUACUCGACGAGCCGUUACCGCAACGGAGGACAUCACACGAUCGCUGCUGCCGGCAGAUUUAUUCCUCUUCUGCGCUUGUAUCCACGUGGCCGAUCCUCACGGAUGCUUUUGUGUGUGUGUGUGUGUGUGUGUGUGUUUUUUUUUAUUAUUAUCUGCCUACAUGUGUAAUCUUGUAAAUCUUGUAAAUAACGUCAGAGAGUUAUCUAUAUACCUAUGUAAAUUUUAUCCGCGCGCGCCUCCGAGUUUUAGGACUUUGACGGAUGUGUUAUACAUACAGUUUUGUAAAAUAUUUAUGCAUACAAUUUUGUAAUAUCUGUGCGAGCAAGUUCCAAUCUUGCUUGGCAAUGCCUUCUGUCGAUCAAUGUUGACGAAAGAAUUGCCAAGUGUAGAUCAAGAGCUGAGUGUAUGGCUAUUACAAAGAGUAUGGUUUCGACAGACAAAUCGAAUCGAUUUGUAAAACAAAAAUCAAACAGUUACGUAUAAGUUUGAUACCCUUCUAAGCUUGUAUACAUACGUAAUCGAUUCUCAAUAUAAAAGACAACAUCUAUAUCAUCAUUAUUAUGUUAUUAGAUUUUAGUCAAAAACAGAGCUGGGUACUAUAUAACUAAAUAGAUUUAAGCGUUUCCAUCGACAAUAGUCGUCUGAACGAACAUUCAUUUGAACAAGUUACAAAUGAAUAGUAUUUAUCUACUGUCCGGAGUAUAAACUUUUAUAGCUAUAAACAUCGUUUCUUCAGAAUCUGUAUACUUAUAAACGGAUGCAUUUAAAUGAUCCUAUAUUCUUAUGAUCUGAAAGAGCAAGUUUACCGAAUGAAAAAAUACGUAAACGAACAACUGUGUAUUAAUGCAAAAGUAUUGUAAUUAAAUGAAGAAAUCAGUGCAUUUGAAAACAUUGUCGCCAAAAUAAUUAGGCUAGUUUUAGUGCGCAAUGGAAGAUUAUUGAGGAUAGCUUUAUAAUUGCUCCCCAUGUAACAUAAAGAAUCAAACUAACUUAGUAAACCUGUAAGUGCUAUUUCAUACAUUCCAACAAAUUUAAAUCAUAUAACUCGUAAAUCAUCCAUGAUAAUACUUUUUGUACUGUAGCUCUGUACCAACACAUAGUUCAAUAACAUAUUAACGAGUCUUUCAUAUUGUGGAGACGUUAGAAUUUUUGUGAUAUAUUAUAAUAAUUUAAAACUGCAACCUUAGAUACUUCCUUUCGCUUUUUCCAUAUGUUUUACAGGAAAUACUAAAGAAAAAUGUAAUUUUAAGUGUUUUUUUUAUUAUUUACAAAAGUUGACUAUGUCACAGAAGAACAAUCUGUAUUUCUUCAGCCAGUGACUUGAAAACAUGUUAUUUUUUACAAACAUUAAUAAAAUGAAAAACAAGUAUCCGUGAUU